AUGGAUGUCCAACACAAUGGUCAAGAUCAACCGAGCGAGAAGGAACAUGUGAAUCGGUUGAUUUUUCAAAAGAGUGGCGGCAAGUCCAUGCCUGGUACUAGAUUAAAGAGUCACUCGGAAGAUGGACAGACUGCCCACUCGGCACAUAUUUCGGACAACGCCGAUGAGGACGGCAAAGAUCCACAAGGUACUCGCUCCAUGCACGGAAACAGCCAGGGUCCCUCGGACAAUCUCCAUGUAGACCAGGAUGCCACCAAGGAUAGUAUAUUGGGGGAUGCAACACCGAGCGACCUUACGCUGGGUGAAGUUACACCUGGUGGUUCCCAAGAGACUUUGGAUUCACAAACUAGUGCGCGGGAAUCCUACUACAAUUCCCUCUUUCAAAAUUCCGAGGAAACCAUCUCCAUGCUCAAGAGACUCUUCUCUGAGGACAUGGCCAAUAUGGAAGAAAUUGUAAGGUCUUUUAAUGUGGACAAGUUUGCAGAUUUUAAUGGACCAUCUCCUGAUUUAAAUCUUUUCGAGUGGCUGCCACCAGAGCCUCUACCAGAUGGUGGUAAAUCGACCUGCAUUUUACCGACAGAUGAACACAAUGGAACAUCUGACAUUUUGUCUUCGUGUGAUGAGAUCACAGAUUUAUUUCACAGCAGCAUAUCAUUGGAACGCUAUGAUUAUUGCGAGUUCCCUGUUUCUUCCUAUGUGAAUAGUACACAAAAUGAUUUAGAUUUUAAAAUUAGCAACUUGUCCAGUGUACACGAAACGCUCUAUGCGUCUUCUGAUAUUACAACACUGACAUCACUGGAAAAGUUUCUAGUUCAGCUCUUGCAGCCAAAGAGCUUCUAUGGCGGCUUGACGCCCUAUGGCCGUCUUUUAGCCUUUAUCAACUUAAGCUACCUGCAAAGACAUGUAAAUCAACUAAAGGCCCUCUACAACCACCCAGAAAUGUCAAUUAUAAGGGGUGUAUUGACAAGUAAGCAAGAGGGUAUAAUCACUAGGGCCCUCAGCCAAACCGAUGAUAGGGGACGCUAUGAUGAUAGAGGAAGAGUUGAUAAAAUUAGAGCACAUGACAGAGUUAAAGGGUCUAGGAGUGAUCACUUUGACUCUUGGGCACCAACCCAAAAAUCCAAAUAUGCGACACAUUAUAUAUCUGGAAUAAAGCACCAAAAACAGCGUCUUGCCGUGCUGGACUCGCUGUCUUCCAUGUAUAAACCGGGUGGUGAAGCUCAUUUCCCGCGAUUUGUGUGUGGAACCAUUGAUCGCAAUCUAGUUUCACACUCUGAAACUUUAAGUAUACCACUAGAGAAGUCUGACAAGCGUAAUAUACACCUACAAUUUGAAAAGAUUGAGCCUUUUGAAGGAAUUGAAGAGAUAUGGCCAAAGACACUGCUUUUGCCUCAGGUACUCUUGGAAGGGACUCGCGUCCAAGUUGCACCUCUCAAACACGGUGCUCCAAUGGCAUGGCGUGAAGCCACAGUUGCUUCCAUUGCAGCUGGUCAGGUUAUGAUGAAUAUACAAUCAGAUCACAAGGAGCGCAUGUAUAUUUUGCGUAACUUUGUUCCCCCAAAUGUGCCUGUAAUGAGGCUAGAAAAGGGCUAUUGGAGGCUAAUGCCAAGACCUAUUGAUUUAGACACUGAUUUAUACAUUGGUUCGUGUUUGAGCUUGAUGGAAUCGGGGGAUUGUGUGGAUGUUGUAGUUACUGGUAUUUUUUAUGAUGAAGAUCAUUCACUCAUUGCCGCGGUAAAGUCUCCUAGCGAUGAAACUUUGUUUGAGCGGGAAGAUUCUGGACAAGAGUACGAAACUCAGCUAACAUGCGCAUGUGAUGGUCACACAUUGCGUGUAUUUGAAGGUAAAUGCAUUAAAAGGAGGGGGUUGCGCAUACGCGUGCACUGUUUGCAUGACAAGAGGGACAGAAUAUUGGAUGUGGAUAAACUCAAGGGUUACAAACUCAAUUAUGACAUUCAAGCGCAUUUUGAUGGACCACAUGAUGGUUACAGUAUCCAAUUCCCAAGUUCACUAUGGGUUGUCCCUAGAAAUUUGAGCUUCUUGGCGGACCCAGUGGGUUCCAGAGGCCCCCCCAAGGCUGGUUACAAUUGGCUUUUUAAACCAAAGUAUGCUCUUGUAAUGUUCCCCUUUAGCAGAAGCGUUGAUGUUUUGCAAGACUUGUGUAGACUUAUUCCGUUUUUACACCCAGAGUUAAAUUACGCUGCUCUAUGUGCAGGUUUAUGGAGUUUGCGCUCAGGUGCCAAGCAAAUUGCGGAACAACGCGAAGAGCCAACAGAUAAUAAUAAGACGGAAACAGUAUCUUAUACUCGCAGUCAAAAGGCAGCAAUUAGGGAACUUACCACAACUGAUGUGACUUCAGAGGUUUGUUCGGAUCUAGUGAGGUGCCCGUUUUCUCUUACUAGGCGUCUUUUCGGCUGUUUUCCUGUAAUUAGUCUCUGGAUUGCUCUAGACACAUUUGACCCAGAGAGCAAUAAAAUGCCAACAAUUCCAACAAACAUUCGGGUACCAAAGCUUGCUUCAUGCUCCAAGUGCGGAGGGAAGGUAUUUCCUCGCUCAGGCAUGACUAGGCUCGUAUCCCCCGGUGCAGAAGCCAUCAGCACACCCUCUCUGGAGUCGCUUUCCGCCAAAAAUACUCGCUCCAAGGACCCAGACACUGCAAAUGAGCAAGAGAAUGAAGGUGUCGAAAAGGAGGAUCAUUCUCACCUAUUUACAUGCAAUAUGGAAAAGCCACCUGCAUUUGAUUCAUCUCUAGUUCCGGGAGAGGUUCAAGUAUUGAGGAAUUUGGAAAAGACUGAAGAAUGGGUGAAGCGUUUGCAGCUCUUGGCUGUGGGACGUUGGAGGAUAACCAGGGAGUUUAAUGCAUCUUACUCUGUCGAUGACGAGCUUGCGCUUUCAAUUUUAAAAUCUCCUGGUCAGUCCGCUGUUAACCCCAAGGGCAAUAAUGAAUUUUUAAAUCAGCUAACAGGUUUAAUGCAAGGUGUUAAAAGGUCCAAAGACACUGUUAUCGACCCCGAGCUCUACACUUGCGCUAUUGAGACAGCCUAUGAGGACUUUGGCAACAAUGUCGAAGUGGCUCUGCUACGUGGAUGGUCUGUAUUUUUAAGGAGCCAAAACGAUGGAUGGAAGGAAAGUUGUAACGUUGUACCCAGGGAAAAACCAAUUAUACACAGUUCCAAUGCCUAUGACGUUUAUGCAAGACAGGUUUCAACCACAGAGGCUGUUCGUCAUGGUCUCUCCAAGAGAGCUGCACAGCUUGAACUUUCAAGAGCUGAGAAGCGAGGUCCAAUGGCUACAAGGAAGGAGAUUUUGACUUCCAGAAGGGAGUCCCACGUUGGCAGACCCCCUCUACAUCGUUCCGAGUCUCUGGUUACAAAGCCAUCAAGGAGACCCGGGGCUCCGCGCAAGGCCAAGAGAGCGCGAGUGUUGGAGGUUUUUGAUGAUGAAGACGAAGAGGAGGAUGAAGAUGAUAUUCGGAUUGAUGAUGAUACCGAUUACUGUGAGUUUACCGAUAAUCCUCCAAGAAGAAGAUAUAUUAGUUUCCUCAACUGGGAUGAAGAUUUUGACUAG